AUGGACGGUAAUAUUGAGGUUCGGAUCUGUCAGCGAAUAGCACAUCUGAUAGCCAUUGUCAAAGCAAGACAUCUCCCAGAGAAAGAAACUAGUCCAAAUGAGAGAAGUCUCAUAUCUUGGAGCGGUCGUGGUGGUGGCAACGGGUUUGGCAUUGGAGUGAGACGUAAUGGGUCAAAGGUCGACAUCGGUAUCGGCGGUGGGGUGGGUGGAGGUAUCGCUACUAGUCGUGGCGCUGCAGCUGGUGGAGGUGUCGGUAUAGGCGUUGGAAUUGCAGUCGGGAAGGGAGGUGUAAACAUUGGCAUAGGGGUAGGAGGUGGGGGUAGUGUCACUGCUGGCAAUGGCAGCGUUAGUGUAGGCAGAGGGGGUGGUGCUGGCAUUGGGAUUAGUAUUGGCCGUGGGGGUGUAAGUGUUGGUGGUGGUGGUGGCGGUGGCAAAGGUGGCAGUGGAGGAGAGGGAUCAGGUGGUGGUGGUGGAACUGGAAGUGCUGGAGGGGCCAUAGGGCAUGGUGAAGGAUAUGGUAAUAGCUGUGGGACCGGUGGAAGCGGCGGGGGAAGCGGAAUGGGCUCGGCUGGAGGUGGAGAAACCAGAGGAGGAGGAGGUGGUGGUGGAAUUGGUAACGGUGGAAAUUGA